AUGGCGAUGAUAACAGAUGAGCAAAGAGGGGUAUACGAACAGAUUCUGGAUGCAGUUUUAAAUGAUAGCGGUGGAGUGUUCUUUCUUUAUGGUUAUGGAGGCACAGGAAAAACCUUCGUAUACAGAGCACUCUCGUCAGCUAUCCGAUCUAAAGGUAUGAUUGUUCUAAAUACCCCAUCAAGUGGAAUUGCAGCAUUGUUAAUGGAAGGAGGUAGAACCGCACAUUCCAGAUUUGGUAUUCCGAUAGAUGCAGACGAAUUCAGCACUUGCAAGAAAAUGGAGCCAGGAUCAGAUCGUGCAGAAUUAGUUAAAGCGGCAAAGUUAAUUGUAUGGGAUGAGGCGCCUAUGAUGAGCAGACACUGUUUUGAAACGUUGGAUCGCACUAUGCGUGAUAUUAUAAGAUCUUGUGAAGAAAAACCUUUUGGGGGUAAAGUUGUUGUUUUCGGUGGAGAUUUCAGACAGAUUUUACCGGUUAUACCUGGAGGUGGUAGAGCAGAGACUGUUUUGGCGGCUCUGAAUUCGUCAUAUCUUUGGGAGCAUUGCAAAGUUCUGAAGCUAACAAAAAACAUGAGAUUGCUGGCUGGUCUUACUGAUGAUGCAGCAAAAGAGCUUGAAUCCUUCUCAAACUGGAUUUUGGAUAUAGGAGAUGGAAAAAUAAAUUUGCCUAACGACGGUCAAGUUGAGAUUGACAUCCCUUAUGAUUUGCUGAUACAAAAUAGUGGAGAAGACCCUAUUGAGACUAUGGCAAAAGAGAUUUAUAGACAAGCUUUUCAAACUUCAACAGAUAAGGAUUUGUAUAGACAUCGAGCCAUUCUUACUCCCACAAAUGAUGAAGUGGAUAAAAUAAAUGACUACAUGCUUUCGCAGUUGCCAGGAGAAGAGAAUGUUUACCUUAGCUCUGACAGUAUUAUCCCAUCCGAUGUUGACAUAGAAGAAAAUGUCGUAUAUCUUGCAGAGUUUUUGAACAGUGUUAAAGUGGCUGGACUGCCUAGACAUUGCUUGAAGCUCAAGGUUGGUGCUCCUAUCAUGUGUCUUCGUAACAUGGAUGUUGCAGAUGGUUUAUGUAAUGGUACUAGGCUAAUUGUUACUCAAUUACUGCCCCAUGUGAUAGAAGGUAGAAUUAUAACCGGAAACAAAAUUGCUGGACAUCCGGUUUGGAUCCCUAGAAUGUUUGUCACACCACCUGACACCAAGUUCCCCUUCAGAAUGCGUCGAAGACAGUUUCCAGUUACUUUGGCAUUCGCGAUGACCAUCAACAAAAGUCAAGGUCAAACACUGGAAAGUGUUGGGUUGUUUCUGCCUAGGCCAGUGUUCUCUCAUGGUCAGCUCUACGUUGCACUUUCAAGAAUGGGUAGUGAUGGGUUAGGAACUGAUUGUAUUCAGGAGCAUCCCGUUUUCUAA